AUAAUCUGCCCAGACCACAAAAUCUGAGAUGAUUCAAGAAAAGAAACACAAGACAAAGCUCUUGAUCUGUUAACCAAUCACUUCUAUGCAGUCUUGUGUCACUACUAGACACGAUCAUUUUAACUAAUACUCAGCAAUUCUCGUUUUUUGGUUGUAAUUUUCAGUUAUUUUUCUUUCCGUCGUCUCCAUCCGGCAUUUGAUGCGUACAUGAUGUUUGUCAGAAUGCUCCAGUGAAUUACUCACUUUGUAAAGUAUAUAAGGUGGAUUUUCGUUAUAGAACCCAAAUAGUGUGACUCUAGUUUAGUCACUGAUGUAUGCGAUUAGACAAAGGUUGUUUUUUGUUCACAGAAGGUUGCACAUGUUAUCCCGUGAUGGCCCAUCAGAAAGCUUGAAGGGAAGGAUUGCUGAAUUGGAGAAAAUGAGGAAAAAGAAGAAUGUCAAGAAAAAUCAGGUGUUUGUCGAGGUUCCGGAAUCAAAAUCUUUUCUGGACACGGCUACUAUGCCAAUGGUCCUCACUGUUGCUGCAAUUGCACUCUUUGCCAAGUUGCUCAUGAUGUAUGAUGACUCAAAAUCCCAAGAAAUGAUUGAGCGCAAAAUAAAAAAUGCUCCUCCUGGCCAAGGCACGGUUAGGAUGCUGACUCGUGAAGAGUGGGAGGAAUUUCGGGAAGUGAGGCCAAGGACUCCUUUUGAAUCUAAACUUGCUCGUCCUAAUGCACGAAUAAGAACUGGAGAACCAGUGCGCACGGAUGACUUGAAGGAUUGGACAAUCGAUGUACUCACAGAUGCAUUAACUCGGGCUGAAGAAUGUGCCAAACGCAAUUCGAAGUGAUAUCAGUCAAAGAAGACUUUUCCCUAUCCUUCCACCUCUUUGAAUAUAAGUUUACCGGCACCAAGGAAAUCUUAAGGAUAUUGAUUCGCGUAAUAUGCAUAAUCAUAGAUGUAUUGACAUGAAAUCUAUUUCAUGGAACUGUAAUAUGCAUUUUUUUGUUGAUCUGCUAGAAGAAUAUUCAUUCAGCUCCUGUUCUGUUGUUAUAUUGACUUGGUAGUCCAAAACAAAGGAUGAACAACGCAAAGAAUGAAUCAUCCAAUAUAGUUACACUGAAUUUAUUA